AUGCAAGUGCUAGAUGAGCUAAAAUCAGAGAGGGCCUUUGACAAGACAUACAGUAAAGCUGCAACAGUGACAGAGGACCCAGAAUUAGCUCACAGCAGAAAAAGAAGGCAGGGCCAGCAGGAUCAACGUCAGGUCUAUAAAACGCUGUAUGAUUCCAUUCACGACAACAUCAGGGCCCAAGUCACUCAGCGCUUUCAACAUCUUGACCGCUUGCAUUUCAUGGAGCUUUUAGAUUUUGAAAAAUUGGACUCUUUCAAAACAGAAUUCCCAGCUCAAGCACUGGCCAACUUUUCAGAAACCUAUGGCCAUCUCUUUGAUGAGGUGAAAUUGAAAGUGGAACUGCAGCAUUUUUAUAGUGAUGCAGAGAUCCAUUCAUCUCAAAAACUGUGUGAUACCAUUAGCUUCAUGAAAUCCAACAGUCUUGAUGAAGCAAUGCCUGAGCUGUACAGACUAAUGUGUCUGAUUGCCACUAUCGAUGGGGCAAAUGCACAAGUACAAAGCUUACCUCAAACGAAUGUUGUAGUGUCAGUUGAGCUUGGUAAAGACGUGACUCUGAGUUGUUCCUAUCAGACAGAAAUGACCAUGCACUUUUCAUGGUAUAAACACAUCUGGGGGCAAAAACCUCGGCUAAUAUCAACCAUCUACAAAUACGAUACUCAAGCCAUAUUUCACCAUGAGUUCAAGAAUAACCAUCGAUUCACUGUGGAGAGAGAUGAAGGCAUAAAUCAUCUAAGGAUUUCAGAGGUUCAGUCUGAAGAUGCAGCUACCUACUACUGUGGUAGUGCUCACUCUAAUGUUAUUGAAUUUGAUAUGGGCAUAGAACUUAUUGUGAAAGGGGCUGAAGCCAAAGGCUUUGUGGUUCAACAGAAUUCCACAUCUCAGCUUGUCAAGCCUGGAGCCAAUGUAACCCUGCAGUGUACCAUUCAUCCAAUGGGAGAGAGCUGUGCAGGACAACACCAUGUUUAUUGGUUUAGACAAAACUCUGAACAGUCCUAUCCCGGAAUCAUUUACACCUAUGAAAACUCGAGUGAUCAGUGUGAGAGGAGCUGUGUCUACAAACUCUCCAAAAGGAACAUCGGCCUCUCAGAUGCUGGAACUUAUUACUGUGCUGUGGUCACAUGUGGGAGGAUACUGGUGGGGAAUGGCACAAGAGUGGAUAUUCGAGAUUCGUGCCAUUCUCAGAUGACUGUGCUUACCUUGAUGUCCAUCACGAGAAUUGGAUUUCUCCUCUUUAUCCUGAUCUCUCUGGGUGUACUGCAUCAGAUCCAGAUGUGA